AGAGCAUGAGCCGGACUGAACAGGAAGUUUAAGAAAGUACCAAAGAGUUAUCGGCCAUUGAGAAUUUGAUUCUUUCUUGAGUGUUAGACGUGAUACUGAAACGGUCGAACGCAAUGAAUUUUUUCCUCAAAGCUUUACUGUGCGCUUUUUUGGUGAAGGCCAUUGCAAAAUCAGCGGUCCCCACAAAAAGUGGCACUGAUGGUAGAAAACCACAGUGUAACGUAAACAACUACUUUUAUGCCGGACCGAAUACUAAGAAGAUCGAACAACAACUGGCCGAAAUCAGAGAAGAAAUCAAGGCGCUCAAAGAAAACCGAACUGGUGGUGACGGAUCUAGCGGCAAAGGUAUUUCUUUGAACAUCCCUCUUUUCACUGUCUUGUAGCGCUCUGAUCCUAGCGAUUCAGUACUUUCUUUUAAGCGCGCUUAUCGUCUGCAAACGAUUGAUCAGUUGUGUUUCGGUUCACGGCUUAACAGCAGCGCGGAGGUUUUACGACUUAAACGGCCUACUCGCUGAUGGGCAAGCGAAGCAAGUGCCAAUGUGUGCGUACAUUCAUCUUAAAUUGGUCUAUAUUAGCCUCGGUUCAACGAGGGUCGUUUUAAACUUUAGGAUGAGUAAGUAAAGCCCACUAUUUCAUAUCCACUGUCGAAAAGAAGAGCCCUAAACCAUCAGCAAGAGAAUAAUAAGCUGUUCAUAAAUUUGCGUAUAAGUGUCAGGCAAUAAGUUUGAGUAUAGGACUCUCAUAUCAUCAUAUCACUAGUACAAGUGGCUCCUGCGGAAAUUCACACGAAUUCGAGUUUCAUUUACAAUUUUCCUUUUCCAGUAGUCGUAAGUGUUACACUGGUCGUUCUAUUUUUAGUUUACAAGAACUGUGCCGAAAUUUACCAGUUCGGUAUAAAGAUCAAUGGAGUGUACAAAAUCAAUCCUGAUGGUUUGGGCGAAUUUGAAGUGUACUGUGAUCAGAAAACUGCUGGCGGAGGUUGGACAGUGUUCCAGAAGAGGCAAGAUGGCUCUGUGGAUUUUUACCGCCCUUGGGAUGACUACAAAAGGGGAUUCGGGAAUCUGAACGGCGAGUUUUGGCUCGGAUUGGACAAGAUUCAUCGUCUGACUGUAAGCGGCAGUUACAAGCUUCGCGUGGACGUAGAAGAUCUUCAAGGCAGUACAGCAUUUGCAGAGUACAGCUCAUUUGCCGUGACGAGCGAGAGGGUAAAAUAUAAACUAAGUUUGGGAAGCUAUUCAGGUACGUUAUGACACCCCGGUUUGUGAUUUCAAGCCUAAUAAAUCGAACAUGAAGCUCAAGACGAGUUUUGGUAAAUACGCACCAUGCAAUGUAAUUUGAGUUUGAGGUCUUCUCACCUUCGUUCUUCCCUCCCCUUCGGUCCUCUUUGCUAGAAAAGCCUCGGUGCCCUACCCGAGCUACAUGCUAUAAUGCAAUAAAUUCGGCCGAACCUGCUGUAUCAGUAUGAGAAAACAAGCGUUUUAUAACUUCUAUAGCUGGUAAAACUAUUAUCUAGAUCAUAUUGAAGAGAUGAUUACUUUGCUUGGACAGCAAACCGCUUAAUCAAACACCUUGCGAGCAACGCAUAUGAAAAACUAGGACGAUUUAAUUCACGGUGGUGUUGUUGUCUGAUCGUUUUUUUAAGGUACCGCAGGAGAUUCGCUUGCGUCUCACAGAGGAUAUCCAUUUACCACCAAAGAUCGUGAUAAUGACAGCGACAGUGGUAACUGUGCACUGAAAUAUAAAGGCGCCUGGUGGUACAAUAGUUGCUACAACUCCAACAUGAAUGGUUUGUAUCUUCACGGCAAGGUCAACGAUCAAGGAAUGGUGUGGUACCAUUGGAAAAAAAACAACUACUCUGUGAAGAGAUCUGAGAUGAAGAUACGUCCAAAGGAUUUUUAAGAUUCAAUGAUGUCGUUUCUUUCGGUAAACCAACCAUGUAUACGAGGGACGUUAAAUAGCGUGUAAUCAGGUGUAAUGCUGAAAGGGUACUUUGCUUUAAAUCUUAUUGUAAUCGCGCUAAGCUUUUAAAGACUAUCAGAUAGUGUUUGAAAAUCUUAUUUAGUUAACAUUUACGAAGGCUCAGUAAGCUCUACGUCGCACAAGGGUC